AGAGAGAGAGAGGAAAGUAUUGUUUUUGGUAGCAAAGCAAAAAAAAAAAAAAUGGUUAAUGACACUUUCCUCCUCACGAGAUUGAGAAGCCCUUGAAUUAAAAAUUCCUAAUCAACAUGUUGGCAUACCUUAAAGAUUUUUUUUUUUUUUAUAUAAUAGGCUUUAGUUAACUCAAUUAGUAAAGUUAAUUGUCGUUGAAUAAGAGAUCUGUGAUUCGAAUCUUGAAAAUUGAUUAGUGUCUUGGCUUGAUAAUAAAUAGCAAUUAUCAUAAACUGGACACCAUAAGUUGAAAUUCUAUCAUACUUCUAAAAAAAUAGGUUUCUUUUAUGUAAUUUUCUAGUAAUUCCAAAGUCUCAUUGUUUUUGGUCCAAGACUCUAAUGAUUAAUAAGUCUUGUGAGAUUCCUAAGGUUUUGAAUUUAAAAUUCUUAAUCAACAUAUUGAGAUCACUCUAAAUGAUUCUUCCUUAUAAUUAUGUAUGUGUAGGAUGAGAUUUCACAUAUUUUGUCCUGCACACAUCCAAAUAAUUAAUAAAAUACUUGAAGAGAAACUCCCACACACACAAAAAAGCCCUAAAUACAUUUUGGUCCUUAAAAAUUACAUUACAUGCUUUUAGUUCAUGAGAUUUAUUUAUUUACUUAAAUUCAGUCUAUGUAGUUUCAAAUAAGCAUUAGUAAUCCCUAAAGUUUAAAAAAUGAGCACCAGCAAUCCCUUUUGUCCACUUCUAUUUAGUUUCUUAUCUAUGUAUCUUAUACAGUGUAAUGAUGUGACUUUUUUUUAACGACAACAUGACAUGUCAACUUUAAAAAAUAAAAUAAAAUAACACCCUUAGUGUGAUAGUCACUCAAGUGUUAAGGUUCAAGUGUCUAGAAGGAAGACUCAAGUGUCAGGGUUCAAUGGCGCCUCUCAAGGCACUGGGUCCUGAUGGAAUGCCACCAUUAUUCUUUCAGAACUACUAGGAUUUGGUUAAAGGUGAUAUCACAACCACUGUUUUGAAUUAUUUAAAUUCUAGUUCGUUGUCCUCAACUCUAAACCAUACCUUUGUUACUUUGAUCCCUAAAAUAAAAAACCCAGAAAAAGUCACAGAAUUUAGACCUAUUAGUCUUUGCAAUGUGCUUUACAAGAUUUUUUCAAAAGUCCUUGUUAAUAGACUGAAAAAAGUUUUACCUCUUAUGAUUUCGGAACAUCAAAGUGCAUUCCUCAAGGGUAGAUUGAUUACAGAUAACAUCUUGGUUGCAUUUGAAACCUUACAUUAUAUGAAAAAUCAUAAUUCAGGAUCCACAGGGUUCAUGGCUCUUAAGCUUGAUAUGAGUAAAGUUUAUGACCGGGUGGAAUGGUCUUUCCUGAAAGAUGUUAUGAGACAGAUGGGUUUCAAUGAAAAAUGGGUUGCUCUUGUUUUGGCUUGUAUCACUUCUGUUUCCUAUUCCUUGUUAAUAAAUGGUGAACCACAGGGACACAUUGUACCUACCAGGAAUAUCCGUCAAGAUGAUAGCCUCCUUUUCUGUAGGGCUACUAGAAGUGAGUGUCAAAAGGUUCUUGAAAUUUUAUCAACAUAUGAAAACCUCUCAAGCCAAAAGUUAAACAAGGAGAAGGCAACACUCUUUUUUAGCAAGUCCACCCCUUUGGACGUGCAAUCCGAGAUCAUGGUAGAACCUGGAGUAACCGAAUUGAAGCAAUAUGAAGCCUAUUUGGGCCUAUCGGCUUUGGUUGGGAGAAAUAAGAGAGCAAGCUUUGAUCAGUUAAAACAAAGAGUGUGGAAGAGGCUACAAGGUUGGGAAGGGAAGUUGUUAUCACAAGCAGGGAGGGAGGUCCUUAUUAAAUCAGUUAUUCAGGCCAUACCCACGUAUGCUAUAAGUUCUUUCAAAUUGCCGAUCAUUUUGUGCCAUGAGAUUGAAACCUUUGUCCGAAAGUUUUGGUGGGGGCAAAGGGGUGAACAAAGGAAAGUUCAUUGGGUGAAAUGGGAAGAGAUGUGUAAGCACAAAGAUCGGGGGGGAUGGGUUUCAAGGAUCUUACCAUGUUCAAUGAUGCAAUGUUGGCAAAACUCUCAUGGAGAUUGCUCCAUGAUGAUAACUCUCUUUUCUUUAGAGUAUUUAAGGCAAGAUUUUUCCCCAAUGGCACAAUAUUGGAUGCAAAAGACUCUGCUUUUGCCUCAUAUGCUUGGAAGAGCAUUCUAAGAGGAAGAGAGCUGAUUUUGAAAGGGGCUUUAUGGAGAGUGGGAGAUGGGAAACAAAUAAGAAUUUGGGAAGAUAAUUGGUUGCCAACAAGAAAUAAGCCAAAAGUCACUUCCCCAAUGAUAUUUGGACAACAAAAUUCAGCUGUGGAAGUCCUGAUUAAUCAAUCCACUUAAAGAUGGAGGGAAGAAGUUAUUGAUCACUGCUUUAAUGAAACCGAGGCAAAAAUCAUAAAAACAUUCCUUUGAGCUCCUAUACCCAAUGUGAUACACUGGUGUGGCCUUUCACACCUAAUGGACAGUACACUGUGAACUUAAGCUACAGGUUCCUCUUUGAAGAGAAUAGCACAAGCCAACCCACUCAACAAUCCUCAUCGCACCCCUCUGGUUGCUGGAAAAAAAUUGUGGAAGAUGGAUAUCCCUAACAAGAUCAAAAACUUUGUCUGGCGCUCCUAUAGAGAAGCACUCCCAACCAAAGCAAACUUACACUAUAGAAAAAUCACAGCUGAUGAAGUGUGUGAUCAGUGCAAGGCGCAAGCGGAGGACUGCUCACAUGCUUUAUUUUUUUGUUCUGAUGUGCAGGGUGUUUGGGUAGCAGAUCAACAAUGGCAUUGGCUGUCAACGAUGCAAGGGAAGACGGCAAUGGAGAUUUUCAGUCAUGCAUUGGAGGAAGACGAAGACCCUUCAUUGCUAGCCUACACGGCAUGGACGCUAUGGAAUUGCAGAAAUAAGGCCCGCGUAAAUGAGACUCAGUGCCCACUAAACUAGGUUCUGCAACUUGCAAGGGAACGAAAGAGGGAGUUCCAAACAGCCCAACUAGUUUUUCUGAAGCAGUUGCACUGGAAACACCAGAUGGAAGCCACCUGACGUUGGAAGUUUCAAAGUCAACUAUGAUGGAGCAAUUUUCAAAGAACAAGGCAGGGUUGGAAUUGGCGUGGUCAUACGUAACUCAGAAGGAGCAGUGUUGGCCUCCCUUUUGCAGCAAAUACCUCUGCCAAACACAGUUGCACAAGUGGAAGCUUUGGCAGCACGAAGAGCAGCUGAAUUCGCCUUGGAGAUUGGCAUUAAUCAAGUCGUCAUUGAGGGAGAUUCCGAAGUCAUUUACAAGGACCUAAUCAACCCAGGACCUUCUCUUGCUCUACACGGACACCUGAUUUUUGAUGUAUUGCAACUAGCGAAUGUUUUUUCGCAUGUUAGUUUUACUCAUAUUUGUCGAACAGGAAAUAAUGUAGCCCAUAGUUUGGUUAGAAAGGGCUAUUUCGACACCCGAUGUAAAUAUCUAGAUGGAGGAAGUACCACCAGAUAUUCUCCAGUUUGUACAAGCUGAUUUAACAGCUUUGUUUUAAUUGAAUUCGAAGUUUUCUUUCUCCAAAAAAAAUAUAUAUAUAUACGCUUAAAUUA